UCAGCCAAGGGCUUUCAGUGAUCCAAAGGAUAACAGAUCCUCUUAUACGAUGCAUCAUAGACAAAAAAAACAAGAUAAAGCAAAAGAUUAGAGGUCGGAACAUAAAUGGACUUUACCCAUGCAAGGAGUGGAAUGAUGAUGUCACCCUCUUGAUUGCUGCUGUUGCAACUAGCAAUGUGGAGCUCUGUUCUUUACUUUUGAAGGAGAGUGCUGACCCAAACCAAGUAUCAUCGAAUGGGUGGACACCUCUGCAUUAUGCCUGUAUGCAAAAUGCUCCAGUGGAUAUAGUAGGAAGACUACUCAAUGCAAAAGCCGAUCCGAAUGGUGUUAAUGUCAAUGGUCAUCCUCCAAUGUUUACACCACUUCAUAUGGCUGCAAAUUAUGACCGAGAGGAUAUUGGGAAGCUCCUCAUCACCGCUGGAGCAUUUGUGACAGUGUGUCAUGAGACUCUUCCAAAUGGUCAUGUUAUUAAUACAAAUAUGACUAAGAUGAUACAUAAUUUGGCAUUAGCUGGUGACUUAAGUAUUGAUGUUUCCAAAUUAAAGCAUCACUUAGCCAUGGAAAUAGCAGUACAACAAAAAAAAACAAUAGAGGUUUUCACACUCUUCAACCAAUAUUUGCUUGAAGAUAACCCUCAAACCCACUUGAAUAUGAUUGAUAUUUUAUUUGGCAUAAAUGGGCCUGAUAAUAUACAGAAGGAGUACCGAGAAAAAUGCAUGAUGUGGCUGAAAGAAUCUGACAAUCUAAACGUUUAUAUUGAGGAUACAAUCAAACGUUUUGACACAAUUCCUAAACAACAUUUAAAAUUCGGUGUUGUCAGAGUUCUUGAUACAGCUUUCCGCACCAUGGAAGAGAUUCCAGAUGGUGUUGCAGUUAAGAUGGUCCCAAUACUUCUCAAACUUCUCUCCACAAAAAUUCAACAUGAGCAACUACUUGUUCUGAGAGUACUGUAUGUGAUCACCCAGAAGACAAUGGUAAAAAAGGGCUGGGAUUCAUGUCUCCUUGACAUGUUAGGCAAGAAAAUAUCCCCUUUUGUGAAGUCAGAAGACUCAGACAUUAAGACACAUGCCUUCUGCAUAUUUGCAAACCUGCGUUCAUGUGAAUGGGACAUUUCAUCAUUUGGAAUAAGUUCAGUGCCAAAGGAACUUCUCACAUGUGCAGGAAUGGUGAUGGAUGGAACACUUAAAGACAAACUGAAGGAGCUGUGCGAAUACUUCAGCCGAUCAUCUGUCACAGAUUCAACACACACAGGUGAAGGUUCAAAUGGUCAUCAACCACAACCAAAGAAGAAGAAAAAAAAGAAGAAAAAAAAGAGCAAGAAGUCAGAAAUCCAGGAGAAGGAUGAAGACAACACUGUCUGUUCCACCUCCUCUACUCCUGUUGAAGAGUCGGGUCUUUCAAGUCUGAGUACUGAGCCAUUUCACUCCUCCGAAACACCACAACCACGGAAGUGGGUUGAAAUCAGCAAACGAUGGAAGCCCAAGUUGGAAAAAUUAGCUCACAUGGAUGACAGGCAAGUCACUAAAAUAGGUAACCUUACUUAUGUGAAUACUGGAGAAUAUCGCAUAGCAAAAGGAAGUGAUGGGACAGAGGUGUUCCUGGGCCUCAGGGAAGAUGGCACAGAAGUAGCUGUUAAGAGAAUGUCCAAGUCAAACUAUGAAGCUCUCAAGAAUGAGAAAGGAUUCUUACAUCUUCCACAUUUGGACCAUCCCUGUAUUGUCAGAUAUGUAGACUUUGAAGAUGAUAUAAACUUUGGUUAUCUUAUUCUUCAACUUUGUGAAUAUACCUUGGAAGAAUACAUCAAGAAUGACAUUUCAAACAAACGACCCAAUGUACUGGAGAAAUUUGCACAUGAGUUACUAUAUAGUCUAGAAGUGCUUCAUUGUCACUCACCACAGAAUAUUAUACAUCGGGAUAUAAAGCCACAGAAUGUUUUGAUAGACAUCACAGACAAAGCAAGAUUGUCAGAUUUUGGGAUAAGUCGACGUUUACCAAAAGGACAAACAACACUUCGCACAAGCAGUGCAGGAACAAAGUGCUGGAAGGCCAGAGAAACUUUAGAUGACAGCAACAACACAGCAUAUAAGAAGAGUACUGAUAUCCAGGUGGCUGGGAUGUUGAUAUAUUACAUCCUGUCAGGUGGACAUCACCCAUUUGGAGAAGGGAUUUAUUGUGAGUGUAACAUUCAUGAAGGAAAGUACAAUCUGAAGCAUGUUGACGACAGGGUGGCAAAAGACCUCAUUGAGUGGAUGAUCAAUAAGGAGCCAAAGCAGCGACCCACAGUGGAAGAAGCCUUGGCACAUCCCUUCUUUUGGGACAAAGACAAGAGGGUAGAAUACCUGAAAGAGGUCGGAAAUCAGCCAGAGCCAGAGAACUGUCGUAAUGCAGAUCCUAAACUUCUUGAAGACAUGUCCCAAUGUGAUAAAGUCCAGUCCUUCAGUGAGUGGAAGACUAAGCUGCCCACUGAGUUGGUGAAGAAGGUGGAAGAAUGGCAGAAGACGAAAAAGCCGAAGCUUUACCCACAGCAUAUGCUGGGAUUAUUACGCUUCAUACGUAAUCUCUGGGAGCACCACAUUGAAGAUGCAGUCACUGUUGACCUGAUCCAGAUAUUCCCUGAUCUGUUUGGAUGUGUAUACAUCUUUGUCAAAACACUUGAUUGGAAGUCAAGACCGUCGCUAAAAAAAUUUGGUAAAAUAAUACAUUCUAGUGCCAGUGCUGCAACCAGGUCAUCAUCCUCUGAGUCCAAGUCGAGUUGUACAGUCCCAGUGCAGGAGUCCAAGGCUCCAGAGAAGGAGUCUGAGUUCAAGGCUCCAGAGAAGGAGUCUGGGUUUAAGGCUCCAGAGAAGGAGUUUGAGUCCAAGGCUCCUGAGAAGGAGUCUGAGUCCAAAGCUCCAGAGAAGGAGUCUGGGUUUAAGGCUCCAGAGAAGGAGUCUGAGUCCAAGGCUCCAGAGAAUGAGUCCAAAGCUCCAGAGAAGGAGUCCGGGUUUAAGGCUGCAGAGAAGGAGUCUGAGUCCAAGGCUCCAGAGAAGGAGUCUCUGGAGGUUUAAGAACCCGGAGUAGUAAAUGUUAUAUGGAACAGUGAAAACAGUGAGUGAAAAGGGUAGAUUGGUAUUUGGGGCCAGCUGCUGGGGCCAGCUGCUGACCCAGUGCGAAAUAUGUUUUGUUGCUGUUGAUAAUUGUCCUUGAGGGGUUUAGGUUGGUUGACGGGCAGUUCUAUGGGCGUAUGUGAAGCCCUCUGUGACAUGCUUGCGUGUAAAAAGGGCUAUAAAAAUAAGUGUUGAUUUGUCUACACUAUGCGUAACUUCUUUAAUACUCGUUCGCUGUCAAAACAGACUGUAAAAACAGCCUGUUCCUUGAUGCAUAGGCCUACCAAUAAUAAUACUGUUAGAACCGUGCACUUCUUAUCCUUAAGUAUGUACCGCACUUGAUUAUUGACUAUUUAUGCGUCGAUUUUUACAAAGGUAUUUGCUAAUCAAGGAGAAACAGAUAUUGUUCGUCAGUACAGCAGCUCCAUCUCCUGGUCUAUACUAUAAUGUACAUUUAAAAAGGAUAUUACUAGUUUUUAGAAUCACUUAUGAGGUCCGUACUGAGCUACGUUUGAUAGUUCUGUGUCUUAUAAACUUUUACUUUUAAUUCGUGGUCUCAUAAU